UUCAACAUUCCUUCUAUUCCCAUAAACCCUAAAGUCUUAUCUCGCCGUCUUCUCUAGUCUUUUUUUUGCAAGAAAACAGAGUUGCAGGUCAUCGGAAAAUCGUCGUGUUCUCUGCAACUUCUUCCUUUCUAGGGUUUCCCUGCGUUUCAUCUUGAAAGCAAAUCUAAACCAUGUCGUCGCUACGUAAUGCUGUUCCACGGCCAGCUCAUAAGGAGCGUUCUCAACCACAAGCGAGGAAGAGGUAUGGCCUCCUCGAGAAGCAUAAGGACUAUGUCAUCCGAGCUAAAGCUUACCACCAAAAGGAAGACAUUAAAAAGAAACUUAAGCAGAAGGCGGCUUUCAAGAAUCCAGAUGAGUUCUAUUUCAAGAUGAUCAAUAGUAAAACUGUUGAUGGAGUUCACAGACCAAAGGAAGAGAUAAACAAGUACAGUGCGGAAGAGCUCAUGAUCAUGAAGACCCAAGAUAUUGGAUAUGUGUUCCAAAAAUGGCAGAGUGAGAAGAACAAAAUUGAUAAGCUCACUGCAUCACUGCAAUGUACGGAGGACCAGCCUAGCCGGAGACAUGUCUACUUUGCAGAAGACAGAAAGGAAGCUAGAGAGCUGGAGUUGCAAGCUAAAAGCAAAAUUGAUAUCUCCGCCACAUAUAUUCCGAAAGAUAUUAAAAAGAAAAUGGAUAGAUCAUACAGAGAUCUCGAGGCGAGGAAGAGCAGAGCUAAAGAUUUGGAGAAACUAUACAUGGACAUGUCAAUGCAGAAGGAGUUACAGAAGAAGGGUCGCAAACGCAAGCUGCGUGAAGACGAGAUACUCAACCCAAAUGGUAAACCGGUUUACAAAUGGAAAGCAGAUCGAAAACGCUGAAAGUAAAAAAGCUUUCAUGGUUGUGUAUCUCUCUCUCUCUCUUCACAUCAUGUUUUUGAUUUUAUUAUAUAACAGAGUUUUACUGUACUUUUUAUUGGGACAUCUAUCUUAUUAAAACAGAAACAUUAUAACUU